ACCUGGGGCCGCUGGGCACCUUCAACAGCCAGGGCAACCUCGUGGUGCUGUCUCCGCCGGAUGUCUCGGAGGAGACUUUGGACAUCGCCUAUGCCAUGCCCAAUGUGCCAAACGUUGAGGACAUGAUGCCGGUCUCGCCUCGAGGUCCACCGGCGCGUACCACGUUCCCCGGAGGCCUGAACUUCACCGUCGAGAUUAAUGCUGCUGACACCAACCGCAAGAAGUACUUAUACUCGCACCAGCUGAACCGCAUCUAUGUGGACAUGAAGACCAACUUCCCAAUCCAGUUCCGAUGGGACUUCGAGCGAGCUGGCAGCCCUAUGUUCGUGCGGGCCACCACCAUCUUCUCUGAUGAUGCGCAGUCUGAAAAGAGGGUUGAGAGGUGUCUGCAGCACACACAUGAGAGCGCCAAUGCUGGCAUAGACCCGACCAUAGUGCAGAACGUGCUGCACUCGUCGGCGGCGGCGGGUACGCUGGGCGUAUACUACUGCGGCGCCCCGGGUCUGCCCGACGCGUGGUACUCCGUUCUGCUGCGCUUCGACGGCCGCCCUCAGGAGGCCUACUCGCACGCCUACCAGUUUGUCUGCAAGAAUUCCUGCUCCAGCGGGAUCAAUAGACGGUCUAUUGACAUUAUCUUCACGCUUGAGGAUCAUACGUGA